GAGCCCAUUGAGGCAAACAAACACUAAGCCAUGUGAACGGCGAGCGAACGAGGGCGUUUUGUCGCCAGCGUUGUUGCCCAACUCCACUGACGAGAUAAUUACGCUCAGACAUUCAAAGCACACUCGGACGACGACAUUCACGCUGACUUGCAUCUUAUUGUUAGUAUAUGCGUUCAAAUGGUGCGGUGCACGACGAGAUAAAAAACAUCCGUCGCCGCUUCGUUGGGAAUCGCAGCCGUGAAAUAUCAUGGACGGGUCAGACGUGCCUUUAAAAAAUAACCCGCUCAACCUGGAGAAAAUAUCGCUUUUGGCCAAUUUGACGUUCUGGUGGACCAAACCGGUUUUCCAAUUUUGCAGGAAUUUCAAAAGUUUCCACCCGUCUCGUUUGAAAGAUUUUUUUAAGAUAAGUGAGAGAGACAAAGCCUGCCAUUUAGCCCAGCGAUUAGAAAAGGAGUGGCGAGACAGAAAUAAUUUCCUCUUCGCACUACUCGCCACCUUCAAGUAUGACAUAUUCAUAACGGGUUGCAUGACAUUCUUCAACGAAGUAAUUUUCAGGUGUACGCAACCAGUUUUGCUCGGCGCUUUGCUGCAACUAUUCAGCGCGAAGAGCGAAAUGAGUCAGCGAGAGGCUUUUUUUAUUGUGACCGCACUCAUAUCAACCCUGUUGCUAAACAUUCUCUACAUGAGCCACUAUUCAUUUCACUGCUACCGUGCGGGAAUCAAAAUGAAAUCUGCUACUUCAGCCCUCCUCUAUAAAAAAAUUUUAAAAACGAAUCUCGCUGAAUUGGAAAAAUUGAAAAGUGGGAAGUUAAUCAACAUAUUUUCCAGCGACGUGGCCAAGUUUGAUCAGAUGCUCUAUUAUGCACACUUGAUGUGGAGUUCGUUGACCGUCGGCGUCGUCACCAGUGUGCUCAUAGUGCGAGAAAUCGGAUGGGACGGUCUGUUCGGCGUCGUGGUUGUUCUUAUUGUGUGUCCCAUUCAAUCGUGGACUGGAACGAUGACGGCGAAAUUUCGGAAAAAGUCUGCAGAGUACGGUGACCGCAGGGUUAAACUUAUGAGUGAGAUUUUGGCUGGAAUCGAAACCAUUAAAGUGCAAGUUUGGGAAAAGCCAUUUAAAAUAAUUGCAUCAAAAUUACGAACUUCAGAGUUGAAAUGGAUCGCCAGAGCAUCAUAUGUGCGAGCGCUGUACAUGACAUUCAGCAUAUUCACAACAAGGAUGGCCCUUUUCAUAACCCUGUUUGUGUACAUUGUCAGUGGAAACCGAUUGAGCGCUGACAAAGUAUUCGUGAUCUCAUCUCUGUACUCAAUCAUGUCAAACACACUCGCCGGCGCGUUCAUCAGAGGAGUUGCGGAGCUCUCUGAAUUAAAAGUUUCAAUUCAAAGAAUUCAGGUAUUUCUAAAUAUGAAGGAAAAAUCAGAUGAAGCCCGGACCGGAAAAAUAGAAAUUGAAGAAAAUGAAAAUCUGAUAAAAAGUGAUGAAAUUGCGACCGAAUUGAAAGGAAAUUUGAUUAAGGGAAGGAUUUCUGUUAAAAACGCUUCCGCCAGUUGGGUGGAAGGUGGCGACGUGACCCUGAACAAAAUCAACCUGAGGGUGGAGCCCGGGUCGCUGGUGGCUGUGAUCGGUGCCGUGGGCUCCGGCAAGUCGUCGCUGAUCCAGGCGCUGCUGGGGGAGCUGCCGUGGGGUGGAGGCGGGGGAGGGGUGGAGGCGCGGGGGGUGUCGUACUCAUCGCAGGAGCCGUGGGUGUUCUCAGGCAGCGUGCGCGAGAACGUGGUGUUCGGGCGGCCGUUCGAGCGGCGCAGGUACAACCAGGUGCUGAAGGCGUGCUGCCUGCUGCCCGACCUGAAGCGCAUGCGCAACGGCGACGCGACGCUGGUGGGCGAGCGCGGCGGCGCGCUCAGCGGCGGCCAGAAGGCGCGCCUCACGCUCGCCAGGGCUGCCUACGCGCAACACGUCGAUGCCUACCUGCUCGACGAGCCGCUCGCCGCCCUUGACGUGAAUGUGGCCAAGCAUGUCUUUGACGAGUGCGUUGACGGACUCCUCAGGGGCACCACCCGCGUCCUCGUCACCAACCAGCUCCACUUGCUGCGCAACGCCGACCUUAUCGUUGUCAUGAACAGAGCAAAAAUUGUUGCUCAGGGGUCGUUUGUUGAUGUUGCUAAUAAUGAAUCGAUGAAUGAGCUGAUAAAGGAGAUUAUCGUGCAACCAAUACUGAAAGAAGGAGCCCGUGAUAACGACGGUGAAACUGACCACCAAUCCUAUAAAGACAAGUGUCAACCUCAAAAUUUGAAUGAAAAUCAACGCAGAGUUAGAUUGCCACUAUCGCAAUACCUUCUCUACUGGACUAAAAGCGGCUCCUUCACGUGUCUGUUUCUUUUAAUUUUCUUAUUUUUCCUCACUCAAACCAUAGUCAGUGUGUCUGAUUUCUGGGUGACUGUUUGCAUUGGCAAAGAUAACAAUGCUUCUAACUUUAUAAACAAUUUCUUAGCAUCGGACUCGGUCUUUAACUGCUUAAAUGUCUAUUUGGCGUUAAUGACACUUUUGUUCACCUUAGCUCUAGCAAGAUCGAUUUUGUAUUUCCGAAUUUUGAAAAAUUCCUCAAUAAAUAUCCACAAAUCCAUGCUCUCGUCCGUCUUGAGUGCAGAGUAUGAAUUUUUCAUAAAAACACCAAGUGGCACAAUUCUAAACAGAUUUUCCUCCGAUCUGCUCUCAGUUGACGUGACCCUUCCGCGAAUCAUGCUGGACACGAUUCAAUACUUCACCUUGAUCUCUGGUUCGCUAAUUAUAAUUUUCGUGAUAAGCCCUGUGUUUCUCGUGCCCGUGGGCGCAUUUUUAUUCGCAAUCCUCAAAGCCAAGGAGUAUUAUUUGGAGACGAGCAGAGUCUUAAAACGGGUCGACGCUACCUCUCGAAGCCCGAUUUUUACCCGUCUGAGUGAAACUUUUGAAGGAAUAACUUUGAUUAGAGCUUUCGUCAGGGAGGAAAUUUUGAAGCAGGAGAUGUCUGAGCUGCUCGACGUUAAUUACUCCAGCUCGCUUCUUCUUUUCGGCACAAGCACGGCUUUCGGAUUUUUCCUGGACGUGAUUUGCGUGGCUUGCGUCGCACUUCUGAUAAUUUAUUUUGUCAAUUAUUCAACAACCUACACAAGUGAAAACGUAGGUUUGGCGCUGACCCAAGCCAUCUCCAUUACUGGUUUACUUCAGUGGUGCGUGAGGCAGUCCGCUGAGACUGAAAAUCUGAUGACAAAUUUUGAGCGGGUCAUGGAGUAUUCAAAUCUCAAGAAGGAAAAUGAAACCGUCCCCGAACUUAGUGUGCCAAAGGGCUGGCCUAAUUAUGGACAAAUAAAGUUUGAUAACGUUUCUGUUAAUGCCAGUGGAAAAGUUAGUAUUCUUCAAAAUAUUAAUAUAAGAAUCCAGUCUGGGGAAAAAAUUGGAGUAGUUGGAAGAACGGGUGCUGGAAAAUCAAGCCUUAUCAAAGCCCUUUUCCGACUAAUCGCAUUUGAAGGCGAAAUAACUAUAGAUGGAGUCAACAUCUCAAAAGUCCACACGCACAAUUUAAGAAGAAAUAUCUCAAUGAUUUCUCAAAACCCAACAGUAUUUGCUGGGAGCAUACGCAGAAAUUUGGACCCGAGCUAUUUUUACUCUGAUAAGAAGCUGUAUGGUGUUUUGCGAGACGUUGGUCUUUCAAGUUUGAUUUAUGGCCCAGAUGAAAUUGGCAAAGACGUGGAUUUAAAUCUAAGCGUUGGGCAAAAGCAACUGCUAUGUCUAGCUAGAGCCAUACUAAGAACUAAUAGGAUUUUAAUUCUUGACGAAGCUACGGCCAACAUUGACUUUAUAACUGACUCGCACAUUAAAAAGCUUCUUGACGAGAAAUUUCCAAACUGCACAGUGCUGACCAUCGCUCACAAGCCUCGCAAUGUGCACGAAUGCGAUAGAGUAAUAUUACUGGAGAGCGGAAGAAUUGUAAAAUGACUAUAAAACUAACAUGCAAAUUUGAAAGAAAUAUAUAUUUUUAUUUAAAAUCGUAAACAUUAAUCACUUUUGCUAUGAUAUGCCUUUUCUGCGACUUUUUCCAAGGCUUUGGCAGUGUUUCGACCAGUCUCAUCAACCAUUUUUCUGAAAGCACCAGCAUCAGUUUGAAGAAGCUCAAACGGCGGUCCGUAUUCCUAAAGAAAAUGAAAGAAGACAAUGCAUGCAAUUUAUUAAUUUAUUUUCAUAUUUUCCAUUAGUGAUUAUUGAUCAGCGGAAGAUUAUUUAUGAGAAAGUAAAUUCAAAAUCAGUUGUUUGCAAGAGUUGAAUAUUUUGAAAAAGCAAUUUACCACAAGUUGGCCAUCAGCCAUAACAAGCACCAUAUCUGAAUCCAUGAUUGUGUUCAAUCUAUGUGCAAUAGUGAGCACAGUGCAGUCCUUAAAUUGCUUUCGAAUAGUUGCCUGAAUUAGAGCAUCAGUUCUGCAAUUUGAUUAAUUUUUUAUAGCAUAUUGUUAAUAAAUUUGAUUUUGAAAAUUUACUGUGGGUCGACGUUAGCAGUCGCCUCGUCGAGGACCAGAACUUUAUUUCUGCGAAUAAUUGUGCGCGCCAAACACAAAAGUUGCCGUUGUCCCACACUCCAAUUUGUCCCGCCAGCAGAAACUGGACUGUCCAAACCAGCUAUUUCUGCUACUGAAUCUUUCAAUUCCACCUUGAAAAUUAUUUAAUAA